GACAUCAGUUCAUCAACAUGGGCAAGCUCAUUGUGGUUGGAUCCUGCGGAGUACUUGUGUGCGUUCUUGCCUCGCUUUACACCAUCGGAAACCUUCUCAAUGAGAUCGAGGAGCUUCAAGUUGAGUUCCAGGAUGGUAUGGUUGAAUUUAGAGCUAUCACCCAAGACACCUGGGCUCGUAUGGUGAGCAAGCACAUCAACCCAACCGGACACACAAAUGCUCCACCAACCUUUGAGACUCUCUUCGGAGCCCGUACCGCUCGUCAAGCUGGAUUCGAGCAAUGUAACUGCGGACCAAAAUCCGAGGGUUGCCCAGCUGGACCACCAGGACCACCAGGAGAGGGUGGACAGAAGGGAAAUCCAGGACACGAUGGAGACGAUGGAAAGCCAGGAGCUCCUGGAGUUAUUGUUGCCAUCACCCACGAUAUUCCAGGAGGAUGCAUCAAGUGCCCACCAGGACGUCCAGGACCAAAAGGACCAUCAGGACUUCCAGGAUCUGCUGGACCAGCCGGAGGAAACGGAAGACGCGGACCACCAGGACCAGUUGGAGGACCAGGAGAGCAAGGACCACAGGGAGAUGCAGGAAGACCAGGAGCCGCCGGACGUCCAGGACCAGCAGGACCACGUGGAGAACCAGGAACCGAGUACAAGCCAGGACAGCCAGGACGUCCAGGACCACAAGGACCACGCGGAGAAACCGGACCAGCCGGAAAUCCAGGAGCACCAGGAAACGAUGGAGAGGCUGGAAAGAACGGAAACGCCGGAAGACCAGGACCACCAGGGCAUCCAGGAAAGAAUGGAGUUCCAGGACAAAAGGGAGAGGAUGCCGCACCAGGACCAGAUGCUGGAUAUUGUCCAUGCCCAUCUCGUGCAGCUUACAAGGCUUAAUUCUGCCUUUCUCUGUCUUUUUUAUAAAUUUUCGAACAUUCCAAA